AUGGCUCCUCCCACUCCUGCCGAGAACGAAUCCCACCAGCGCCUCCUCGACCGCCUUGAUAUCGCCGCCGUUCCACGGCCUUUCCGAAGCCAAAACUGGAGACCGUCUCAGCGUCGCAACAAGAACGUCAAGCAGCUCAUCUCCGACAGCACGAGGAAAGAAGCAUCUGUAAUGGCAACGCAAGCGAACUCCGGUGCAACUACACCCGGCGCACUUGGGACCAGCACAGAUGGGACUCAGACUCCGGCUGAAGGCAUCCAGCGGACGCCGAACAUCGCUCAGGCCGCGCAGAACCUCUCGACGCUGGUUCUAGAGAAGAAUGCACGAGCGGCGUACUCCUCCGGGCCUGCGGCCACAUAUACGAACAUUGAAUCUGCGCCGUCUUUACAUCCUUCCCAGCAACGGCCGUAUUGUGAUAUCACCGGAUUGCCUGCGCCGUACACCGACCCGAAGACGCGACUCAGGUAUUAUGAUAAGGAGGUCUUUGGAGUCGUCAGAACCUUGGGACAGGGAGUACCUGAGAGCUAUCUCGAGCUCAGAGCCGCCCAUGUUGUUCUCAAAUAA